AUGGAGAACAGCGGCGAGCCGACCAUCUUCGACAAGAUCGUCGCCAAGGAGAUCCCCGCGACGGUCAUCUACGAGGACAACCUGUGCCUCGCGUUCCGCGACGUCGCGCCGCAGGCGAAGACGCACUUCCUCGUGAUCCCUAAGAUCCGCGCGGGUUUAACGCGCCUGAGCAACGCGGAGGAGGAGCACAAGGCGCUGUUAGGGCAUCUCCUGUUCACCGCGCAGAGAGUCGCGAAGGACGAAGGACUCGGGGAGGGGUUCCGCGUCGUGAUCAACGACGGCGUGCAAGGGUGCCAGAGCGUGUACCACCUGCAUCUGCACGUGUUAGGCGGGCAGCAGCUCACGUGGCCGCCGGGGUGCGGCUGA